AUGACUCUGGAACAUGAUGUGCAGAACAAGUCUGAGAAGAACCUCACCAAGUAUCGUCAGAUUGAGGAAUUUGCAAAGCAACAAGGUGUGGACUUCUAUCCGGCGGGGAGGGGUAUAGCACAUCAAAUUAUGGUCGAGGAAGGCUACGCCUGGCCUGGGACCCUUGCAGUCGUCAGCGAUAGUCAUAACACCAUUGAAGAGGGUGAUGGCGUUAAAGAAAAUGACAGAAUGAUUACCGCGGAGCAAGCACUCGAAAAGAUCAUCGGUCAGCUCGACAAUAUGGUGGAGGUUGCAGAGCAAACUUUGGGAAGCAAAGUGAGCAAAAAUACUACGGAGCUUCAUCCUGGCUUUCCAGAGAAAGUUGCUGGUGAAAUCGUCUUCUGCGAUGCUGACAACAUCAACACCGACGGAAUUCACCAUGGCAAAUACACGUACCAGGAUAAUGUUCCAGUCGACACUAUGGCAAAACUAUGCAUAGAGAAUUAUGAUCCCAAGUUUUCAGGUCUCGCCAAAGAAGUGGUGGCUGGCAGCUUUGGAAACAUUUUCUUGCGUAACAGUAUCAACAAUGCACUCAUGGGCCUGGAAGUGCCAAAGCUGGUCCACAGGUUAUGGGAAACUUCCUCUGACAAAGCAGCGCCAGCAAGGAACGAAGAGAUUUUCGAACCAAAACAAAAUCGGCAGAGCCUUGAUUCGCCACCACCUGCUCCCACAAACACGCGGAAAAGGUCCUCUGGGAUGUGA